AAUAAAGAGUGGAGUGUGGCAAACUGCAACCGGUACAUCUCCAUCUUAUAGGUUGGGACUCUCUAGCCGUCUUUUUGCAGAAAGUUAAGGUACUGCGAAAAAGAGAUGGAGAUGGAGCAGCUGCUAAGCAUGGGUUUUCCAAGCGAAUUGGCUGCCCAAGCUCUGGCGGCUACGGGCGGCAAAUCCACCCUCAAAGCUACCGAGUGGAUUCUCUCCCAUAAAUCUUGUGACGCUAAUCCCAAGCCACCCUCAAACCCAACCCCUUCUUCGCUCCAGCCAAAGUUAGACCGCUUCUUCCACUUGCAAUCGAAACCCAACUCCUCCUCCAGUUCCCCUUGCACCCCACCACCCACUGAUCAAGCAGAGGAUGAACCCAUCCCUCUUUGUUCUAAGCGGCCCAAAUUAUUGGCAUCAUCAGCCACUAAUUCGUGCUCUCCCGCUAUCCACCACAGCAAGCACCAUCCUCCCCAUGAGCCCUUAUCAGAACGAAUGCGCCCUCGCUCCAUUGACGACGUCGUCGGCCAAGAUCACCUUCUGGCCCAGAACUCUAUCCUCCGCUCCGCCAUAGAUUACAAUCGCCUCCCUUCCAUUAUUCUUUGGGGCCCACCUGGGACAGGUAAGACCUCCAUUGGUAAAGCAAUUGUGAAUUCCUUUUCCCAGGAUCAGGCCUCUUCCUAUCGGUUUGUUUUUUUCUCGGCAGUCACUUGUGGGGUUAAGGAUGUGAGGGAUGCUGUUGAAAAUGCAAGGAAGUUGAAAGUGAAGAAUGGGAAAAGAACUGUGUUGUUUGUCGAUGAGAUUCAUAGGUUUAACAAGUCCCAACAGGAUUCUUUCUUGCCUGUUAUCGAAGAUGGUAGCAUUGUGUUUAUAGGUGCCACCACGGAGAACCCAUCCUUCCAUUUGAUUACGCCUCUGCUCUCGCGCUGUAGACUUCUUACCCUUUGCCCUCUAAAGCCUCAACAUAUUCAAACAAUUCUCAACCGAGCAAUUAAUCAUUCCUGCAGGGGACUGACACAAAGCUUAGGGGUGAGAGUUGAAGUGACUGAGGAUGCUAUUCGAUUUAUAUCUGAAAAUUGUGAUGGGGAUGCACGCGUUGCAUUGAACGCCUUAGAAAUCUCUGCUAUCACUGCAUCUGCCCGAACAAAUCCCAAUGAUAAUUUCUCUUUGGUGGCCAAUGUUACUUUGGAUGAUGCUAAGGAGACAUUUCAAUUCAAGCAUCUUGCUUAUGAUAAAGCAGGGGAAGAGCACUAUAAUCUGAUCAGUGCACUUCACAAGUCUAUGAGAGGAAGUGAUGCAGAUGCAUCCAUUUAUUGGUUGGCGCGAAUGUUAGAGGGAGGUGAACAACCACUCUAUAUAGCUAGGCGUUUGAUUAGGUUUGCAAGUGAGGAUGUUGGAUUGGCUGAUCCCUUGGCCCUUAACCAGGCUGUUGCUUGCUACCAAGCUUGCCAUUUCUUGGGCAUGCCUGAAUGCAAUGUGAUUCUCGCUCAGUGCGUGGCUUACUUGGCUUUGGCUCCAAAAUCCAUUGCUGUAUAUCAAGCAAUAGAGGCUGCACAAAAGGUUGUUAGAGAAUCCACUGGACAAAAUGAGGGAGUGCCGCUCCAUUUGAGAAAUGCACCUACUAAGGUAAUGAAAGAGCUUGGGUAUGGGAAGGGCUACAUCUACACUCCUGAUAAUCCUUCGUCAACUCAGACCUAUCUACCAUCCUCACUUGAGGCGUACAAGUUCCUUGAUUGGCCAGCCAGUAAUGUCAAUGAUUGGCGGGAAGCCAUUUGAUCACUACCAGAACUUUUUGACUCUGAUAGCUAAUACUGGUUAGCUGUCCUUUCCUCUUGGUGGGGCGCUAUGGACACUGUAAUAGACUUAUAGAUGGACAUAGCUUCAGUGUCGAGUUAUGUCUUGAUAUUUUUAUCAGGGAUGUCUUAAUUUUUGACAGCAGAUGUUAUCAUGGGUUGAAGAUUAUCUUGUGUAAGUAUUAUGGUAGUAACAAGCAACAGAAAAGUGUUAAAAAUAUGCAACAACAUUCGGUAAUUUUGUGAGUUAUAAAUCUGCUUGAAUGAUCUGAUAAGCA